AUGGGCAAGGAAGCCGCAGAAGGCAACAUGAAUCUACCCGAGGACGAUCCACACGUAGUCAAACUGCUCGUGCAAUACUUUUACGAAAGCGAAUACAGCCCAGAGUUGCCUCCAUCCGCAGGAUUCGACGCAGAUGGACAGGCGAUUGUAACUGUGCCUAAAGAGAACGGCUUCCGCUAUGAGUUCCCUCAUACAUGUGCGCCUAAGUGCCCAUCUCCGAAUCAUAAAGUAUGUCACCAUCAUAUGUGCCUGUCCGACACUUGUAUGGAGCAGUGCGUCAGAUUCAUUUGCAAGGAAUGCACCAAGACUCAACCACCCGAAGAUGACGCUACUCAGCUCCUUCUCCAUGCAUCCAUGUAUCAAAGCGCGGAUAAAUACGACGUCGCUGGAUUGAAGUUGCUGGCGAAGGAGAAGUUCUCCCGCUCGUGUCAGGCUUUCUGGGAUACCGAGCAGUUCGCCACAGCUGCUGAGCAUGCCCUCACUACAACACCCGACAGUGAUGUCGGACUGCGCGAGCUGCUCUAUCAAACCAUCGUAGCACACAUCGAGCUGCUCAACAAAUCAGCCAUCGAGACCUUGCUCUCUAAGCAUGGCGUCUUCGCACGCGGUGUGCUCAGACGCCUAGCUGAAGACAAGGCAGGCCUGAAGCCGAGAGCCAAGACGGCGGGUUGA